AUGGAUAUCCCUUCCCAAACAGGACCGUCUGGACCGGGAGGUUAUUUUGUUAUAUCAUCGCAUGUCCAUUGCCAAAGUCAUCUCCCUAAUCCAAUGUGCGUGGACGCAAGUCGCUGCCGAGCAUGUCUUUUCCCUAUAGAACUACAGAAAGAGUUGAUCGUGGCGUGUCUUGCAGUCACAUUUCAUGCCGAUUGCGCUCGUAUAGCUACUCUUUUCAAACACCCUCUCGUCACAUAUUGCCCUUUUACUGAAUACUCAUUCCAACCAAGCAAAGCACACUUGAAUGGUCGAAGGGAGUCAAUACGCAUCCUGAUCGAGAAUUCCCUCCAAAGGACAUAUGGGAACCUGUCACCUGAGUUGUGGCGUAUGGUUUCUGACGACGAUGAACUGAUCAGGCUUUACACCAUAGCUGAAAUCACCUUGAUUUGCCGCAAGAGUGAAUGGUCUGCCGAUCUGGCAACUCCAGUGUGGGCCACACAUAUCACUGUUGAUGGUGUAGAAUAUGUGAGCUCAUUAUCCAGGUCACCUACACAUGGAGCCUGUCUGGCUUGGAACAGCGUCCUAUCCGAUCAUCUCGGAAUCAGACAAAUCAUCUCCGACAUGGACUUGGCACAGGUCAAUGUAUCAGGUCCUGUCUACUGGCAAACAUUAUCUGUGGAGAGGCAAACGAUUUUAUUUGCAGGCGAUGGGUACAAACUGCGAGAAGUAUCGAAUCCAUCUCCAGGUGCUCUUGUUCAAUGGCCCCUCCCAGUGUCACCCUUAAUACUUGAUUCUCUCUCAUUCUACUACGCGGGUUGGGGUGAAGGAGAGGUCAUGGCAAGGAUGAAGACACUCACUUUCAACCAGCAAGGCACCUUCGGUUACUCCGUCUGUUGGUCUGCCAAUGAAAUGGUUUCCAUUCACGCGAACCGGGCUGUCGGGGAGGUUAGCAAAUAUGGUGCCAGGAACGACGAGCAUUCUGAGUAUAACGAACACCACACUUUGAAAUGGACAUACCAUCCUAUCGAAGAAGACGAGUACGUUCAACAAGUCUGGUUACGUGGAUCCACCCGGUAUAACAAUCUUGGUUCUAUUCCGUGUUGGGUCGAAGGGGGUUUAUGGUUUCAAUUAUCCACGCCCUGGGGAAUACAGAAAUACAAGAGACCUAGCGACAUAGCACUUGGGCUUGUCACUAAUAAAGGCCGAUUGAUAAUGUCCGGAAGCUACCCAGAUCACCACGGAAAGAAUACUCCUUACUCAAGGCACCGCGAAUGGAUGAUGAUAGCAAAAGCAAUUACUCACGAGCCGAUCACCUUGUAUUUCUCUCCUUCAAGUCAUGGGAUCCCUAUCAUUGCUUCACCCAAGUUACCGGAGAAUGUCAAGAACAUAUCACUACCAGAACAAACUGCACUUGGACCCAUGCCACGGUUCAACCCUCUUCAUACGCUGCACUAUUCUGCAGCUUCUUUAGAGGAUGUAACAAGCGUCACAAUAUUCAGGAGCAAAAGCAAAAAGGACACAGGAAUCAUCCGAACAUUUGAUCUAGAAAACAGUUGUUUCAACGAGACCAAAUACAACAAGGUUGCGGGACUUCUACUUCGAUAUGCAGAUGGCCGCGAAGCCAGUGUUGGAUGUUUUCGGGUUGAUACAAGUGAAGCAGCACUCGUAACAAGUAACUCGGAAGGGUUAUUUGUAGGGACUCGGCCUGGAACGAUAGCACAAUUACCACCCCAUGUUGCGGUUGUAAGCGUUGCACGCCCAGAGGAUGAGGGGGAAUGGGCUUGGAAAGAAUUCCCUUGGUCCGGAACACUCGAAUGGUGGUUCAAUCCUGAUAACCUUGACACUAGCAUCAACCAUGUUAAUUGA